AUACAAAACCUUCGUAGUUUUAGACCAAGGCCGCACACAUGAGGAUCGUUGCCGCCGCUUUUGUUUUUUCCCUAGCGACGCCCCCUUCCAGGGGGGACACAGCCCCCGUCUACGGUGUUUCAGAACCAGCCAACUAUGCUUACUCCUAUAUCGUGAAGGAUGAUUAUUUCGGAGUAGACUUUAAAGCAGAUGAGAGCCGUCAAGUAGAUCUGACAAGUGGUUCCUACCAAGUUUUACUUCCGGACGGACGGAUUCAAACAGUUACUUAUACUGUUGAUGGAUAUGAUAGCGGAUAUAUUGCUGAUGUUUCAUAUAAUGGAGAACCCAAACCUCAGGUUUAUCAGGCUCAAAGCAGUAAACCUGCUCCAGUUUAUAAACCUGCUGCUCCAGCUCCCGCAUAUAAGCCUGUAGCUGCCCCCGCAUAUAAACCUGUAGCUGCUCCUGAAUAUAAACCUGCAGCUGCUCCUGUCUACCAACCCACAAAUGCUCCUACCUACACAAUCGAAGCUGCUCCAGCAUAUACACCCACUGCUGCACCGGCCUACACACCCGCAGCAGCUCCCGCCUACACACCCGCAGCUUCUCCUGCCUACACACCCGCAGCUGCUCCCGCCUAUACAUCAGCUGCUGCUCCCACCUAUACAUCUGAAGCUGCUCCCGCCUAUAAAUCCGCAGCUGCUCCUGCCUACCAACCGGCAUCUGCUCCAACAUAUAAACCUGCUUCGUUAUUUUACCCUAGUUAUAACCAGAUAGCUGCUCCAUCCUACCGAUCUUUAAUCGUUUACAAAAGUCCCAACUCCAUUCAAGAUACCCCAGUCGAGUCCGUUCAAAGAAUUACGGAGGCUCCAAUUGUUGAAGAGACACCAGUUUUUGAAGAAUCGAUUCCAGUUAUCAAGGACAUUCCCGUUUUUGUAGAAACUGAAGCUCCCUUUUUCGAUGAAAUUCCUGUUAUUGCAGAAACUGAAGGUUCCUUUCUCGAGGAAAUUCCAAUAUUCGAAGAAACUCCAGUGGCUGAAGUUGAACCAGAAGUCUCUAUUGCAGGUAUUAUUGAUCUUAGGGUUGCAUCCAAUCCUGUUCCAGUAGAAGAUGUUCCUGCUCCUGAAAUCCCCGACCAACUUCUAGAGGUCCAAGAUGUUCCUGCUCCUAUUGUUGUUGACCCUGCUGAGCCUUUAGAGGAGGUGGUUGCCGAGGUUACUGAAGCUCCUGAACCUCCUCCUAGUACUGAAACAGAAGCACCUGCUGCUAAUCCUGCACCUGAAGAAACCGCCCAACUCAGAGCUACUGAACUUUCUGUUAUAGAAGAAGCUACUGAGACACCUGAAUCUGAAGAAGCUCCGGCUCCAGAAAUAACUGAAGCUCUAGCUGCGGAAAUAACUGAAGCUCCAGCUGCUGAGAUAGCUGAAGCUCUAGUUGCGGAUAUUACUGAAGCUCCAGCAGCAGAUAUAACUGAAACUUCAGGGACAGAAGUAGAAGCAGUGGAUGAAGCCGUAGCACAGGCCGAAGCAGUAGAGCAGAAUGACGCUAUUGAAGCUGAAGCCAAUGUUACCCCUGAACCUAGUUCUGCUUCUCGAAGAUUUGCCAAGUUUUCCCGCCAAAACAGUCGAUAUUCCCCAACCCUACAACAGCUUGUUUUCCCAAAUCCAAGAUGGCGCUCUAGACAGCAUUAAUUUAUUCCUGAAGGUUGAUUCAUAAAACAUGAAAUUUAAAGAAAAUUUCGUUAACUAUUUUCAUGCCAAAUUUAUGUAAACAAAAUAUGCACAGUCAGUGUACAAAAAGUAUGGGCAUUAUUAUAAAAAAACACGCUAGCAAAUUUCAUGAUUUUUGAGUCACUAUGUAUUUUAAUCAAAAUUAUCAAUUAUAUAGAAUGUUAUUUAUUUAUUUAUUAUACAUUUUGAAAACAGUUUUUACAAAUAGGGAACAAAUAGGUUUAAUCCCAUGUUCAUUUAAAACUGAUAAAUAUCGAAAACAAGAUAAUGCCAACUGUUUCAUGUUGCUUUCCUAUUCCAAAGCAAAAACUCAAUUAUCCGAAUUUAAUGAAAAACCCUAUGUUCGUACCUGAACUAAAUAAAUAAACAUUUAAA